AUGUCGUCGGCCGAGAUUGCGCCCGCUGUUACGACGACGACGACAACAACAACAACGACCGCGCAGACGCCGACGCCGACGCCGACGCCUGCAAAGGAAAGACAUUCCCUGACCCUUGAUCAGCGCCGGGCCCUGAGGCGCUGGGCUUCCUCGCAACCGGUGCGCCCGAGCCACAAAGCCUGCAUCGACUGGUUCCAGAGCCAGUACAACCAAACCAUCUCGCAAUCGACCGUCUCCCACUCGCUCUCCCCAAAAUAUGCCCGGCUCGAUGGCGACACCCAGCUGUCGGGCUCGCGCCUGCGUUUCGGCAAUUGGCCCGACGUGGAAAGGCUCGUCUUGUUGUGGCACCAAACGACGGUGAACUCGGGCCGCAUCCCAUCAAACGACGAACUGGCCGAGAAGGCAAAGAGCAUCUUCACCCAGCUUCCGCGCUACAAGGAUGAGACCCCGCCCGAGUUCUCGCCCGGCUGGAUCCAUCGCUUCAAGAAGCGCUACGGCCUGCUGAUCCGCCGCCAGCGCCGCCACGGCUCCGUCCAGAACGCGGCCGACGACAUACCCUACCUAGUCGACGCCGUCCCCCGCUUCAUGAACGUCACGCCCGACGUCUCGCCCGCCGCCAUCCGCGAGGCAGUCCAGCGGGUCGUCGGCGUCGAGGCGUCCCUCGCCCAGCAUCCGGGAGUCCACCACCCCAACGGCGACACGCCCAUGUACAACGCGGACGAAGACCCGGAGGUCGUCCUACAGAACGCCCUACACGCCCUGCAGCAGGAGGAAGCCGACGCCGAGGCCCAGGCCGCCGCCGAGCGCGAGGCGCGCGAGCGCUCCGAGCGCGGCUUGCCCCCCCCGGGGAGCCUCGCCGCCGGCCAGGCCUACGCGCAACAGGCGGUGGCCGCGGUCAACGCCAUCUCGACGCCCGUCAGCGCCGCGAGGGCGAGCGUCGGCCCGCCGCCCAGCGCUGGCAAUGGCGGCGUUGCUGGUGCCGGCGCCGGCGCCGGCGCCGCCGGUGCUCCCGGCUCGACGCCGUCCGCGACAGCAGCCGGCCCCCGCUUCAUCGCCCCGACACCGCCCCCGGCCGCUUCCGGGUCGGCCGUCGGGGCCGGCUCCGGCGGCGAGGAUCUGACGCUGACGCCCAUCCCGAGCGGCGGGCCGGUCUCGGUCAACGAUCGCCCUGUGCGGUGUCCGUUCUGCCUGAACCAGCGGAUGCUGAGGACGAUCAAGGAGGCCGUUGAGCACAUGUCCACGCACGUCAUCGUAUAAAAGGGAAAAAGGAACUGCUCGAGUCCGUCUCGAAAAGGCGAAGAGAGUUGUCAGCGGAGGAGAAACUGUCGAACGAGGCUGGCACUUGUUGUUUUUUGAGUCAGAGGGAAGAGCGGUUUUGUGCAUCCGGGCUUUUCGACUGUUCGAGCUUCUUCAUGUUCUUAUAUACCACCAGUUCACUACCUUCAAGGCGCUCGGGAGGCAAAGGGGGUUGACGGUUUUUUUUCCUGGUACGGAUCGGACGGGGACCUUGGACGGGGUUUGCGCUUUUGUCAUCUCUGCUGCUGCUUGCGUACCCGCAAUAUACCGAUACUGAUUGACACG